CGUACUGAUUCCAAUUUGCUUUAGGCAUUGGCAUUGUUCCACAGUUAAUGUGAGACUUUGAGAGGCCAAGACAUGGGUGAAGAUUCAGCGAAAACAACCUUCUCACUCUGGGAUUACAUUCUCUUCGCCGGGAUGUUCCUGAUCUCUGUUGCCAUUGGGAUAUUUUUUGCAUUUCGCUACAGAGGGAGGAAGAAGGUGGAGGAGUUUUUCACCGGGGGGAGGCAGAUGUCAGCGCUGCCUGUGGGACUCUCGCUCUGUGCCAGCUUCAUGUCAGCGGUUCAGGUGCUCGGGGUGCCCGUGGAGGCAUACAAUUACGGAAUCAAGUUCCUGCAGAUGUGCCUGGGACAGACGCUGAAUGCCAUCCUCACUGCCUAUCUCUUCCUGCCCAUCCUCUACCGCUUGGGAUUAACCAGCACCUAUGAGUAUCUUGAGCUACGAUUCAGCAGGGGCCUACGACUGUGUGGGACAUUGCAGUUCUUGGUCGCGACGGUCCUGUACACGGGGAUUGUCAUUUAUGCUCCUGCGCUGAUAUUAAACCAAGUUACUGAGCUGAACAUUUGGGUUUCCCUGUUAUCUACAGGAAUCAUCUGCACAUUCUACACAACUGUGGGUGGGCUGAAGGCUGUGGUCUGGACUGAUGCCUUUCAAGUCAUCACCAUGAUGUCUGGCUUUCUUGCUGUCAUCAUCCGGGGCACCUAUUUAGCAGGAGGAACAGGCAAAGUUCUGGAGAGUGCUUACAAUGGGUCCAGGAUCAAUUUCGGAGAUUUUGAUCCAGAUCCCAGGAGACGCUAUACGUUCUGGACGUUUGUGCUGGGUGGGACGGUGAUGUGGCUAUCGAUGUACGGGGUCAACCAGUCCCAGGUCCAGCGCUACAUCGCUUGCAAAACAGAGAAGCAAGCUCGUCUGGCCAUCCUGGUCAACCAGCUGGGCCUCUGGAUGAUCGUGAGCAGCGCGGCGUUCUGUGGCAUCAUCGCCUUCGCACUUUAUCGUGACUGUGACCCAGUGAGCGCUGGCCAUGUCACUACACCUGACCAGUUGAUGCCAUACAUGGUGCUGGAUAUUUUCAGAGACUACCCCGGAGUUCCAGGUCUGUUCCUUGCUGGUGCCUUCAGUGGAACAUUGAGCACCGUUUCUACCAGUAUUAAUGCAAUGGCAGCAGUCACUCUGGAGGACAUCAUCAAGCCCAGGGUGAAAACCUGGUCUGAAAGGAGGUUGAUCCUGAUAUCAAAGGGGCUCUCCUUGUUGUAUGGUCUGGCUUGCAUCAUCUGUGCUGCUCUGGCCUCUCUCCUUGAAGGAGGAGUUUUGCAGGGCUCCUUCACGAUUAUGAGUGUCAUCAGUAACCCUUUGCUUGGGGCGUUCAUCCUUGGAAUGUUCCUGCCAGCAGCCAACACCAUGGGGGUAUUUUCGGGUUUGGCGGCCGGCUUCGCGAUAUCCUUGUGGCUUUCCAUUGGGGGCAUCCUGCACCCGCCCAGCCCUGAGACCAUGGGUGUCCUGCCAUUCCACACAAACAGCUGCAAUGGUUCCUACAGGUCCAACACUUCACUCAAUGGCCAUGACACAGGAGGACAGGGUCCGGAGCCAUUGGGCAGGGCCGCUGAUAUUCACCAGUUCUAUGCCUUGUCUUACCUUUAUUAUGGAUUUCUGGGAACAAUAGUCACCAUAAUUAUUGGAAUUGGAGUCAGUUAUUUAACAGGGCCAACGAGGAGGGAAGACAUCGGCGCGGGUCUCCUCUGGUGGGAUCUUUCCAAAGAGAAACCCUCCUGUGCAGAAACCAAGAAACUACAAGUGAAAAAUGUAAAACACUGUUCCUCACCAAUGCAAAAACAAUCGGCAGCGUCAACUCUUCCAUAUAAGGAUGAGACGGACAUCGAUAAGCCAGACUCACCGGCCAAGGAAUGCUCGCGAAGGAACUCUAUCGCAGACGAAAGCAACUCCUUAGCCGAGGCGGAGAUUUACCUGCCCCCACUGGUGGAAACCUGUGUGUGAAUCAGAAGCUAAGCUGUGGAGAGUUCACUGAGACCUUGCGGAUCUACCAGAUGUAUUAGUACCUACUUAGUGCCACCCUGCAGGGCACUUAUUCCUCAUGGCCCACCUCGGUCCUCCAGUCUGAACACUACAUGUCCCGUGCUCUUUAAGAAAGCUAUCUGCUUGGGUUGUUCAAUGCUCUAUUAAAGAAUAUAAUUUACAUAGUGUUCAAAGUAAAUGUACAGGAAUGUUCGUCUCCAAGCCAGCAGGCUUUUGAGAUUAUUAUCCCAUCCAGGCUCAUCUCAAAACUCAUGGAACUUGGAGU